AUGGGAAAUAAUGGCAAUGAAGCUUGUGACACCAGACUCACACUUGGACUUUCCACAAGUGAUCAUCAAAAGAAAAUUACAUGUCUAGAUCUAUCUAUUAUUCCUCUUCAUUCUAGUGAUCAUGGCACCAACAAGAUUGAUGGGUCCAGCGCAAAAACUUGUAAAAAUUACAGCAAAUUUAACAGUGAAAGCAAGAAGAUUGGUGUGAGAAAGAAACUGAGGCUUACCAAAGAACAAUCCACUUUGCUUGAAGACAGUUUCAAACACCACACUACACUUGCUAUGGGUCAGAAACAAGAACUUGCAGCAAAAUUAAAACUCAAACCAAGGCAAGUAGAAGUUUGGUUUCAGAAUAGAAGAGCAAGGACUAAACUGAAGCAAACAGAAGUAGACUGUGACUUCUUGAAGAAAUGGUGCCAGAGUUUGAAUGAUGAAAAUAAUAGGCUAAAGAAAGAGUUGCAAGAGCUAAGAUCAAUCAAGAUUGAUCAACGGGCGAUGCCGUUUCAUUUCUCCAAGGCUAGGACACUGGCUCUGUGUUCAUCAUGCCAGAAAAUUUCAAGAGGAGACACUGAUGAAAUACAUGAAACAGGGCCGGAAAGUGACCAGUGA